AUGAUAAGGAGUUGUUGUAAUAAUAUUAAAAGCAAAUUUUCAUAUUCAUUGUUAUCAGAAACAGAAGAUACUGAUUUAUUUAAUGAGCCAUGUCCAGAGGAUAACGCAAGUGUAUGGCAAAAAUUAACAUUUAAUUGGGCACAGCCAAUGUUAUUUAAGGGGUACAGAAGAGCUCUUCAAAUGACAGAUAUAUCAGAUAUUCCAGAGGAGAUUAAAGUAGAACAUAAUAGUCCAUACUUGGCAAAUAUCGAUUAUAAUGAUGGCAAAUACCCAUUAAUAAAACACAUAUAUAAAGAAUUUAUACCAAGAAAUAAAAAGUUAAUUGCUUAUAAAUUAUCAGGUGCAAUUUUAUCAGUUAUCACACCAAUGGUUUUAAAAUAUUUUUUACGUUAUAUCCAAUUACCACCAGAUCAAAAAGAAGUAUCAUAUGGGUUAUUUUUAUGUUUUUUAUUGUUUAUGGUUACAAGUGUUUUGAUGAUCGGUAAUCAAUAUUCAUAUUGGUUUGGUAUGAAGUCAUCUCUACAGAUUAGGGGAGCAUUAAUCAGUGCAAUCUAUGAAAAGAUGUUAAGAUUAUCCAAUAGUGCAAGAAGAGAGUUUAAUUCUGGUAAUAUUAUGAAUUUGGUUUCAGUCGAUGUUGGGGCUUUUCAAGAUUUCUUUUGGAACAAUCAUACAGAAAUUUUCAUUUUUCCAUUUCAAAUUUUAGCAUUGUUAAUACUGCUUUGUAUCAUCAUUGGGUUUAGUGGCUUGGUUGGAUUUUUAGUAAUGGUGAUCUCAGUUCCACUUACAACUGCACUUAGUACUCAAGCAAGCAAAUAUUUACGUUUAUCUUUGGGCCAUGCUGAUACCAGAACUGACUUAACAUCAGAGUUAAUCAAUGGUAUUAGAUUUUUAAAGCUUUAUGCCUGGGAAAAAUUAUUUUUAGAUCGUAUUGAUAGCGAAAGAACAAAACAAUUAGACCACUUAUAUACUCGUAUUAUUUAUUAUAUUGUUAGUCAAAUGAUUGUUCAAAUUUCUUCUGCAUUGGUUUUAAUUAGCACCUUUGCAACAUAUAGUUUAUUAGGUCACCAACUUACAUUAGAUAUUGCAUUCACAUCUAUGGUUGUUUUCGUAAAUCUAAGAAGACCAAGUGAAAUGUUACCACAGGCAUUGUUUAGAUUAUUUGGUUUGCUACCAUCAUCAAAAAGAAUUGAAGAGUUUUUACAAUCACCAGAAAUUCAAGAUUCAUUUUUAAUGGAUGGUGGAUCAAGUCCCAUUGUUAAUACAAGUUAUAGUUAUAAUGUUGGAGGUUCGGAUGAAAAUAAUAGCGGCUCAACAUCACCAAUUUAUUCACUUUCACCAUCACAAAUGGAUAUUAAAAUUACAAAUGCAACAUUUGAUUGGAAUGAACAUUAUUUAAAGGGUCAUUCUAAAGGCUCAUCAAAUGAUCUAGUAAAUUUAUAUAGCGGUAAUACAAAUUUAGGCAUAAUAGAAUCAUCAAAUAUCGAAGAAGAUAGCGAUCUUAAAGAGUUAAUCAUGGUCGAGCAUGAUGGAGAAGGCUCAAACGAGUCAGCAGAUGUCAAAGAGAAUUUUGAAAAUUAUGUUUUAAAUAAUAUCGAUUUUAUAGCUCCAGCUGGUAAAUUAACAAUCAUUUGUGGAAGAGUAGGAAGUGGUAAAACAAGUUUAGUCAGCGCUUUAAUUGGUGAAAUUUAUCGUGUUAGUGGUUCAGUUCAAAUGCCACCAACAAUUUCGUUCACAACCCAGCAAUCUUUUUUAAUUAGUGCAUCAUUGCGUGAAAAUAUUUUAUUUGGAAAACCAUUUGAUUUAGAAUACUAUAAAAAAGUUAUUGAAGCAUGCUCUUUAACACCAGAUCUUUUACAAUUAUCAGCAAAGGAUUUAACUGAAAUAGGUGAACGUGGUAUAAAUUUAUCAGGUGGUCAAAAACAACGUAUUUCAUUAGCACGUGCUCUUUAUACAAAUGCAGAUUGCUUUAUUAUGGACGAACCGUUAAGUGCUGUCGAUCCAGAGGUUGGUAAACAUUUAUUCGAUCACUGUAUUCAAGGUUUAAUGAGAAAUAAAACUCGUAUUCUAGUAACCCAUCAACUUCAAUUCAUUCCUUCUGCCGAUCAUAUUGUAGUCGUAGAAAAUGGUAAAAUAACACAAGGCACCUAUCAAGAAUUAAAACAAAAGGGUAUUGAUUUUGAAUCAAUUAUGAAAACUAAAAAAUUAGAAAGCGAAGAGGAAGAAAAUAAAAAAAAUUCAGCAAAACCAUCAGCAGUAACACAGAAUACAACAACACCAGUUUUAAAUAUUGACGAUAUUAUUAGCAAAGAUGAAGAUCCAAAUUUAAUGGAAAAAGCCAAGCUUUUAGUUAAAGAAGAUAGAAAUUCCGGUGCAGUUGGUUUUGAUAUUUAUAAAAGCUAUGUUAAUAGUGGUUCAAGUUUACCUUUCUUUACACUUACUUGCAUCAUUUAUAUAGUUAGUCAAGUUAUUUUUCAAGUAUCCGAUUUUUGGCUUCAAGUUUGGACCCAAAAAACACCAGAGGAUCCAGAAGAUAAGUUUUAUAUUCUCGUUUACAUGGGUUUUAUCGUCGCCUUUAUUUUUGCUUUAACUUUUAGAUACUUCUUUUUGGCCCGUAUAUCAUUUGCAUCAGCUAGAAAACUUCAUGACAAUCUUUUAUAUUCAGUUUCCUUUGCUUCAUGUCAGUUCUUUGAUACAAAUCCAUCAGGAAGAAUUUUAAAUAGAUUCAGUAAAGAUAUUAGCGAUAUUGACCUAACAUUAUUAGAGUGUAUUUCCGAUGUACUUUAUUGUGGAUCAACUGUAGUCAUUGCUAUUGGUAUGAUGAUUUUCAUUACACCAGCAAUUAGUAUUCCAUUUGCAUUCUUGGUUGGUAUUUAUUAUUUCAUUCAAAAAGUAUAUAGAGCUUCAUCCCGUGAGCUAAAACGUAUGGAAUCAAUAUCUCGUAGUCCAGUAUUCUCUUUAUUCCAAGAAACCUAUAAUGGUUUAAUUACAAUUAGAUCCUAUCAACAACAAAUUAGAUUCUUAAAAUUGGUUCAAAAUAAUAUCAAUGUCAAUUUACGUUUAUUUUUUUAUUCAUUCUCUGUACAUAGAUGGAUUGGUAUUAGGUUAGAGCUUAUUUCAUCACUCGUAGUUCUUUUCGCAUCAGUUUUUACCAUCUUCAGUAAUAAUCCUGGUUUAUCGGCAUUAGCAGUCACCACAUCGUUAAGUAUGACAUCUUAUUUAAAUUGGACUAUUCGUCAAUACACAGAAUUAGAAGUUAAAAUGAAUUCAGUGGAAAGAGUUUUAUCAUAUGUUUCAACUCCAGCAGAAGGUAUUAGAUUUACUGAAGAAAAAGAUAAUGAUGAGCAAGGAGAUAUUAAAAUGGAUCGAAAGUGGCCAACUAAUGGGGAAAUCGAAUUUAAAGAUGUCGAAAUUAAAUACAGACCAACCGCUGAACCAUCUUUAAGAAAUUUCACUUGCAAGAUAAAUAAAAAUGAAAAAAUUGGUAUCGUGGGUAGAACAGGUGCAGGUAAAAGUACAAUUUCACAGGGUUUAUUUAGGAUGGUAGAAAGCUCAAAAGGUUCUAUUUUUAUUGACGGUGUGGAUAUUUCAAAGAUUGGUUUAUAUAAUCUUCGUAGUUCAAUUGGUAUUAUUCCACAAGAUCCUUUUAUCUUUUCAGGCUCAUUAAGAUUAAACAUAGACCCAUUCGGAGAAUAUUCAGAUAUCGAAAUUUGGGAUGCAUUAGAAAAGGUUAGACUAAAGGAUCAAAUUCAAGCAAUGCCAUUAAAAUUGGAUUCAAAGGUUCAAGAGGGUGGGGAUGGCUUAAGUGUAGGCCAAAAACAAUUACUUUGUUUAAGUAGAGCUAUCCUUAAAAACUCCAAAAUUCUUUUCUGUGACGAAUGUACCGCUUCUCUUGAUUACGAAAGUGAUGCCGUUAUCAAGAAAACUAUUAGAGAAAAUUUCAAAGAUUGCACUAUACUUACAAUAGCACAUCGUAUUGAUACCAUUUACGAUUCAGAUCGUAUUAUAGUGGUUGAUAAAGGUCAGCUAGCAGAAUUUGAUUCACCAGAAAAUUUAUUAAAAAAUCCAAAUUCAAGAUUCAGUAAAUUAGUAAAAUAUCAAACAGAUUUUUAUAAUGAAUCAACAAAAAAAUUUUAA